UUUCUCAUCUCUCUCUCUCUCUCUCUCUUCCCGCGAUUCACGUUUUUCUCCAUCUGAUACUGUCGGGGAGAGAGAGAGAGAGGAUUCCGCCGCCGAUUCGAAAGAUCGCCGUCACGUUCUCUCCUCCCUCGAUCUCCGUGUACCGUCAAAAUCGAAUCUUUCGUGGUGGGUUUCUCGAGUAAGAGAGAGAAAAGGGGGAAAAUGAGUUUUCAGGAUUUAGAGGCGGGAAGAGGAAGACAGUUAGCUUCUUCAAGCAACAUCAACGGCGGAGGAGGUCGACAAGACACGACGCAAGCCGUAGCUUCCGGUGUAUUUGAGAUCAACACAGCCGUCUCUAGCUUCCACCGCCUCGUCAACACUCUCGGUACUCCCAAAGACACGCCGGAGCUCCGAGAUAAGCUGCACAAGACAAGACUGCAUAUCGGAGAGUUGGUGAAAGACACGUCAGUUAAGCUUAAAGAAGCUAGUAAAACUGAUCAUCAAAGAGGUGUUGAUCAAAGGAAGAAGAUUGUGGAUGCUAAGCUUGCAAAGGACUUUCAAUCUGUAUUGAAAGAGUUUCAAAAGGCUCAGCGUCUCGCUGCUGAAAGAGAAACUGUCUAUGCUCCUCUUUUCACCAAUCCAUCUCCUCCAUCUAGCUAUACAGCCAGUGAGAUAGAUGUGAGUGGAGAUAAGCAUCAAGAGCAGCGUGCGCUUCUUGUGGAAUCAAAAAGGCAAGAACUUGUACUGCUGGACAAUGAGAUUGUGUUUAAUGAGGCUAUAAUCGAGGAAAGAGAGCAAGGGAUACAAGAAAUCCAGCAGCAAAUUGGCGAGGUGCACGAGAUCUUCAAAGACUUGGCUGUGCUGGUACAUGAUCAAGGCACCAUGAUCGAUGAUAUUGGUACUCACAUCGAUAACUCCCACGCUGCAACAGCACAAGGAAGAUCUCAUCUCGCUAAAGCUUCAAAAACACAAAGAUCGAGUUCAACUCUGAUGUGCUUGCUUAUGGUGAUUUUUGGAAUCGUACUCCUGAUUGUUAUCAUAGUGCUCGCGGUUUGAUUCUCCAGAACUCAUGAAAGCAUGAAAAAGUGGUUUCAUCGUCAAUCUUUCUCAGAGAUCUUAAUGUGUAUCUUUGUCACUUGACAACACACUUUGUUGCUACCAUUUAGUCUGUUUGACUACACUGGUCUUUGGUCUCUUGUUUUGGAGUACAAAGAGUGGUUUGGUUUGGUUUGGUUUGGUUUGGUUUGAGGGUGUCAGUGUUAAUGCUGUCUUUGUAAUAUAUUUUGUUGCAGACCAAAGUUGAUGGUGCAAGGGAAAAUCCUUUAUCUGUGUGUUCUUGUAAGUGAAAUUUUUGAUUA